AUGGGAGGACUAUAUUUAUUAGAUUAUGGAGCAGGAAAUGUUCGUAGUUUAGUUAAUGCGGUUAAUAAAUUAGGAUAUGAAAUUGAAUGGGUUAAAGAACCUGAUGAUAUAUUAAAAGCUGAAAAAUUAAUAUUUCCGGGAGUAGGAGCGUUUGGUAGUGCAAUGCAAUCACUUGUGAAAAAAAAUUAUGCGAAACCAUUAAAACAAUUCAUUGAAUCAGGCAAACCAUUUAUGGGAAUUUGCGUUGGAUUACAAACAUUAUUUGAAAAAUCUGAAGAAAGUCCAAAUAUACCAGGAUUAGGUAUUAUUCCCGGUACUGUUAAGCUAUUUAAUAAAUAUGAUAAUAAUAAAGCUGUACCACAUAUGGGAUGGAAUAAAGUAAAUUGUUUAAAAGAAGGAAAAGAUAUUAAUUAUGGAAUUAAUCAAGAUAAAGUUUAUUAUUUUAUUCAUUCAUAUGCAGUACCGUAUAAUGAAAAUAUUAAAGAAUGGAUCUUGUCUACGACUCAAUAUGGUAAUGAAAUUUUUAUUAGUUCAAUUCAAAGAGAUAAUGUUUUUGGAACACAAUUUCAUCCAGAAAAAAGUGGUUAUGCUGGCUUAAGAUUAUUGAAAACAUUUUUAGAGGGUUAUUAUAACAAUAAUAAUGAUAAAGAAAUUAUAAUAAAAAAUCCUACAAAAUUAUCAAAAGAUGAAUUUACAAGAAGAAUUAUAGCAUGUUUAGAUGUGCGUACGAAUGAUCAAGGUGAUUUAGUAGUAACUAAAGGUGAUCAAUACGAUGUACGUGAACGUUCUACAAAUAAUGAUAUUAAUUGUGGACAAAUUAGGAACCUUGGUAAACCCGUUGAAUUGGCUCGUAGAUAUUUUGAUGAAGGGGCCGAUGAAAUUACCUUUUUGAAUAUUACAAGUUUUCGUAAUUGUCCUUUAUCCGAUUUACCAAUGUUACAAAUUUUAAAACUUACCUCGGAAACAGUUUUUGUUCCUUUAACUAUUGGUGGUGGUAUAAGAGAUGUUAUUGACCCUGAUGGAAAAUUUCAUUCGGCUCUUGAAGUCGCUGGUGAAUAUUUUAGAUCUGGUGCUGAUAAAGUUUCAAUUGGUAGUGAUGCUGUUUAUGCCGUAGAAAAAUAUUUGGCUAAUAAUAAAAAAUUAUCUGGUGAUACUUCUAUUGAAACUAUUGCUCAUGCUUAUGGCUCCCAGGCUGUAGUAAUCUCUGUAGAUCCUAGAAGAAUUUAUGUUAAUUCACCCGAAGAUGAACCAAAUCAUCAUUUAAUUAAAACUUCUUUUCCUGGACCUAAUGGUGAACUUUGGUGUUGGUAUCAAUGUACUGUUAAAGGUGGUCGUGAAGGAAGAGAUAUUGAUGUUCGUCAGCUUGUUACCUCUUGUGAAGCUAUGGGAGCUGGUGAAAUUCUUCUUAAUUGUAUGGAUAAAGAUGGUACAAAUUCUGGUUAUGAUUUAGAACUAAUAAAUGAUGUUAAAAAGGCCGUUAGAAUACCAGUUAUUGCUUCAAGUGGGGCUGGUAAAGAAGAGCAUUUCGCUGAGGUUUUUAACAAAACUAAUGUAGAAGCUGCUCUUGCUGCUGGAAUAUUUCAUCGUAAAGAAGUUCCAAUUCAAAAUGUUAAAAAUUAUUUAAGAGAACAUGAUAUUUUAAUUAGAAGUAAUGAUCCUUCAUUUUAA